AUGGGCGAGAGGCGGACGACGACCUGUGCGCUGUGCCACCGGUCCUACGGCGCCGGCUUCGAGUCGACCUCGGGCAACGACAUUUGGCGGGCCCGUCGCAUGCUUCGGCGGCGCGGGCUUGUCCACGACGACGACGGCAACGACGACCUUUUGACUUGCAGCGCCAACGACGGCGUCGCCCGUGUCUGUGUCUUUUGCGCCCAAUUUGUGACGACGGCCGUGACGCGGGAUUGCAGACGCUUGGACGAGACGCGCUGCGCGCUGCAGCGACCGUCGACGACGACCAAGCGUGCGAUGAGUCUCGUCGUGCGUCAUGACGCGAGCGCCAGCAUCAUCAACUCGGUCGAGACGCUGCGGUCGCUGCCCACGGACCUCAACCGCAUUCUGCGCAUUCGUCCGUCGACGUCGUCGAGUCCGCGCGCGACAUUGUGCAACCUCAAGCUCCAGCAGCAGCGCGAGGCGCGGACCAUUCUUGCACAGGACCUGCGCCCGCGGCGAACGAGUGGUCGGCGGCCAGUUGUUGGCACUUCGGCCGCGACCCCGGUUGAUCGGCUUCGGCUGCUCGGUCCGACACCGGUCGUGCCGCCUGCUGGUGUCCAGACGAGGCCGUACCGGACAGCCGCUUCCCCUGUCCACCACGUCAAGGCGGGGACGCUCGUCCAGACGACCAGCGGGCGGUUUGCGCGCCUCGAGGUGCGGUGGCCGGCGCUGUAG